GAAUGGUAGGCAUGUUGGUGCUCUUAUGCACACCCCUUAAAGACCUCUUAGGAAUGGGGUGAGGUUAAUGGUAGACAGUCUUUGGUUAAAGCUUUGGGGAUUUAGGGAAGAGACCACAGAGUCAGGUAGUGCAUUCCAGGCAUUAACAACUCUGUUAUUGAAGUCAUAUUUUCUGCAAUCAAGAUUGGAGCGGUUCACAUUAAGCUUAAAUCUAUUGUGUCCUCGUGUAUUGUUAUGAUUAGUUUCCACCCGUUGCUUGUUGUUCUGCCCUCAGGUGCUUUGGAGAAAAGUUUGACUCCCUCUUCUUUGUGGCAACCUCUGAGAUAUUGGAAGGCUGCUAUCAUGUCUCCCCUAGUCCUUUUCAUUAAAUUUGACAUACCGAGUUCCUGCAACCGUUCUUCAUAUGUUUUAGCCUCCAAUCCCCUAAUCAUCCUUGUUGCUCUUCUCUGAAAUCUUUCUAGAGUCUCAACAUCUUUUUUAUAUUGUGGCGACCAAAACUGGAUGCAGUAUUCCAAGUGUGGCCUUACCAAGGCAUUAUAAAGUGGUAUUGCCUCUGUUCAACACUGUUCAACACUGUCAAACUAUUUACUAAAUCUGCACUACUAUUAAUCUUCUCAUUGUUCCCAUCACCCAUCUCUUUCCACUUAUGACUGUAUGACUGUAACUUUGUUGCUGGUAAUCCUUAUGAUUUAUAUUGAUAUUGAUUGUUCCUGAUUGCUUAUUUGUAUCUUAUGCUUAUCAUUAAGUGUUGUAUCAUUAAGUGUUAAAUUUGUACCUUAUGACCAUCAUUUGUGUUGUAAAUGUUGUACCUUGAUGAAGGUAUCUUUUCUUUUGUGUACACUGAGAGCCUAUGCACCAAGACAAAUUCCUUGUGUGUCCAAUCACACUUGGCCAAUAAAAAUUCUAUUCUAUUCUAUUCUAUUUAGGCAGCCAAGAACUGUGUUGGCUUUUUGGCAGCUGCUGCACACUGCUGGCUCAUAUUUAAGUGAUUUUCCACUAGUACUCCAAGAUCCGUCUCAUAAGAGAUAAGAAGCUGCUUAAGCCGCAGAAGGAAUGUGGGUGGAACAAACGCCCCAGCAGGGAACCGUCCCUGAUUUCUUUGGCUCUAAAGGCAAUGGGAAGAGGAAGGCUGUCCAGAUGCAGGAGCCAUUGGUGAAGAUGGUCUUGAUAACUCCUGAAGUCAGAGAAGGUCUCUUCCAUCCAUCUAUGGAUCAGCUAUUGGAAAGCAUCUCUGAAGAGGAUCAAAAUCCUCUUUGCAGUAGAUUAGCAACUGCUCAGGGCUCGAUAACCUUUGAGGACGUGGCUGUGUAUUUCACGGAGGAGGAGUGGGCGCUGCUGGAUCCCAGCCAGAGAGUCUUAUACGGAGAAGUCAUGCUGGAGAAUUCGAGGAAUGUGGCCGAUCUGGCUCAUGAGCAGGAGCAUGAGAACUACGAGCACCCGAGGAUAGCACUAUUACAAAUGAUCAAGUUUGAAGAAAGGAUGCUCGGACAUCAAGACGCACUUCAAAAGGGUAUGAAAAGUUGCAUAAGAAACGGAGGGAAGAGGCUUUCUGAUCCUAGUGGGGCCCGUAGCCUCCAAACCGAGGAAGUUCACCAAGGAGAAGAAAAGGGAGAAUAUUUCAGAUGGGUCAAAGGAGACAAAGAAAACUCGGAUUUCACUCAAUACUAUGGAACCCAGACCGAAGAGGAACAAUACGAAUAUGAAGAGGAUGGGCAAAGUUUCAGCUCUACCUCCUACCUUGCCUUACAUCGCCCAUCAUACGCCAAAGAGAUACCACGUGCAUUUAUAAAUUGUGAGGGAAAUUUCAGUUUCGGCGGUCGCAUAGUUUCCCACAAAGAAGAGGAGCCCUACGAGCGUGGAGUGGAUUUCAGUAUGAAACAGUUACUUAUUUUACCUGCCAAAAAUCCCCCGAGGGAGAAACCUUAUAAGUGUCUGAGGUGUGAAAAGACGUUCAGCUGGAGAAGUAACCUCGUCGUACAUGAACGGACCCACACAGGGGAGAAACCAUACGUGUGCCCGGUGUGUGGAAGAGGAUUCAGUCACAGCGGUCACCUUAAAACGCACCAACGAUCCCACACGGGGGAGAAACCGUACACGUGCAAGGAAUGCGGGAAAAGCUUCAGUUGCAGCAGUUAUUUUAUUUACCACAAAAGGAUUCACACGGGGGAGAAGCCGUAUAAAUGUCUGGCGUGCGGAAAGGACUUUAAUUGUAGCAGUCGUCUCGCCUCGCAUAAAAGAAAGCACACCGGAGAGAAGCCAUAUCAAUGCGCGGAGUGCGGAAAGAGGUUUUCCUAUAAGGACAGCCUGAUGAGACACCAACGCACCCACACUGGGGAGAAACCAUAUACAUGCCUGAUGUGUGGAAAGACGUUCAGUGGACGAUCUGAGCACAGAAGCCAUGAAAGGAUCCACACGGGGGAGAAACCUUACAGGUGCGCCGAGUGUGGGAACAGCUUCCGUAAGUACGGCAAUUUCAUUCGCCACAAAAUGGUCCACACAGGAGAAAAACCGUACGGAUGCCCGGAGUGCGGGAAAAGCUUCACUCAGAACGCGAAUCUUAUCAAACACAAAAGAAUUCACGCGCGAGAAAAGCUAUAUAAAUGCGCCGACAGUGGAAAAAACCUCAACUGGUCAAAUCAUCUUUCGCAAAGCGAAUCCACAACAACAGAGAAACCAAAACUCGGAAGCUUUCCUCUCUAGUGUUUUCUUCUCAAAAUGGGACCCUCACGGGGGAAACGAUAGAAAUAUGGGGUCUGUGGAGAAAUAUUCAAUUGGAAGAAUAGAUUUAUCAGACCUAAAGGAAACCAUAUGGGCCAACCUUAAAAAUGCCCUGAAUGACCCUUUGGAUUUAGACCCUUAUUUCCCAUAAAAUAUUUGAUUUAGGGAGGAACAUCUCAAGUACUCUUGAGUAUUGGGACUGGCCCUAAAGACGUUUAAAUGUGACUUUAGAUGAGCUCCAUGGAGGGGUGAAAUGCUCCCGGUUCGGACCGGCUCGCGCAAUCCGGUAGCAAUGGCAGCUGCUGGUUCGGAGGACCGGUACAAAAAUCCCUGGCCCUGCCCCCCCGCCUCUGUUGAGCCGCACCAUCAGCAGAGGUUUUUUUUUUUACUUUUAAAAGCAGGUUUUUCUUCAGCCAAAUCAUGCCUUUAAAAGUAAAAAAAAAAAGCCUUUGAGGAUCCUGCCCCUCAGCUGAGAUCGGCAGAGCCUUUAAACUUUAAAAAAAAUUUUUUUAAGGCUCCUCUGGCGAUCUCACCUGAGUUCCUCAUCAGCAGAACCUUAAAAAACAUGUUUUCUGUAGAAAACAUGUAGAAAACCUCCUUUUAAGAGAUUCUGAGGCACUUACCUGAUUACUGAUGACCUCAUGGCUUUUUUCCCAGCCCGAAAGCCCCAGUUUCACUUUCAGCACCAGACAGAACUAAUCUAAACUUAGCUAAUCUAUUUCAUCACUGAGCAACUAAUGCUGGCUGGCUUUGCGGCUGAGGAACUCUGGGAACUGAAGUCCACAAACCUUAAUAAUAAAAUAAAAUAUUUGUGCAGCUUUCU